CCUGGAUCCCAAGCUGCCUUUGUCCACCAGCCACCACCAGCAUCGAAUACUGCCAGCGCAACAGCCCUUUCCAUGAGUACGACGCCCUUGCUCUCUUCAGAGCCUGUUCUCCAGCGCAUCUUUUCCGAUCUCAGGAUCAGAAAUGAUGAUCAGCAGGAAAAGGCCGCUCUGGAGCUCCGUGAACAUGUUAUUACGGUCUCGAGGGAGUUUUCUGGCGAGCCGUUCACAAAGUUCCUGAUCGAUGUGAACAAACGCAUUUGGGAGCUCAUCCAUAGCUCCGACGUCAACGACAAACUUGGAGGCAUCCUUGCCAUCGACCUCCUCAUCGACGUCGAUGUCGAGGAGAACACAAAGAAGAUUACUCGCUUCGCCAACUACAUCCGCGCCGUACUUCCCGGCACCGAGAAGAAAGUGACCUACCGCGCCGCCCAAGCCUUGGGCAAGCUGGUCCUUCUUGGGGGAGGUUUGAUUGCCGACUUGGUCGAGUUUGAAGUCAAGCGUGCGCUCGAAUGGCUGCAGGCUGAUCGCAACGAGCAGCGCCGCCAUGCAGCUGCUGUCGUGCUCAAAGAGCUCGCCAUCAAUGUGCCGACACUGCUCUACGCCUAUGUGCCGCAGAUCUUGGAUCUUGUGUGGAUCGUACUGCGAGACCCCAAGGUGGCGCUACGAGAGGCUGGCAUUGAGACCCUGAAUGCCUGUCUGAAAAUGGUCGAAUAUCGCGAGAGCCAACUUCGUCGUCAGUGGUACCGCAAGAUUUUUGACGAGGCCCAGAAGGGGAUGAAGCACAACACUACUGAGGCCAUCCACGGCUCGCUUCUGACCUUCAAGGAGCUCCUUAUUCAUACUGGGAAGUCGAUGGAUAGUAGCUACGAUGAAAUGUGUGAAACCAUUCUCAAGUACAAGACCCAUCGAGAUAUCUUGAUCCGGAAAACCGUCAUCCAGCUGAUUCCCGCCAUGGCCGCCUUUGACCCUAAGGGCUUUAGCACAAAGUAUCUCAAGGAAUCCAUGGGAUUUCUGGUCAGCCGAACCAAAAGAGACAAGGACAACUAUGCUUUUGCCUUCGUCGCCAUCGGGCAGGUUUCGAUCGAGGUCAAGUCCGAGAUCACUCCGUAUCUUGGCGUGAUUUUCGCCGACAUUAUGGAUGGUCUUCCUGCGAAGGGACGACCGUCCUCGCCAGCCAACGAAGCUGCUGUGUUUGACUGUAUCGGCAUGCUGGCUCGGGGAGUCGGUCCGGCUAUGGAGCCGUUUUACAGCCAGAAUCUGCUUGAUAUGAUGUUUGGCGCGGGCCUGAGCGAGCCUUUGCGAGGCGCCUUGGUCGAGGUUUCGGAGGCCGUCCCCAGUCUGAACCGAAUCAUCCAAGAGAAACUCCUCAGCGCCAUCUCGAUUAUCUUGUGCGAGAAGACAUACCAGCAUCCGGGCGCACCCUUCAAGAGAUCCCUGAAUGCUGGCAUAUCCGCCUUGCACAUGGAAGUUCCAGACAACGAAAGCCUGCUCUUGGCGCUGAGCACCCUCAGCAACUUCCAAUUCACUGACUAUCUACUGAAGGAUAUGAUCAAGACCAUUGCCGAAACCUACCUUGAUCACGAGAACCCCGAUAUCCGUCGAUCUGCCGCUGUGACGUGCAUCUAUCUGCUCGUGCGAGAUCCUUGCUGUUACCAAACCAGCAAUGCCUCAAUGCAGAUUGUCAACGAUGUGCUCGCCCGGCUCUUGGUCGUGGGCAUCACCGAUCCGGAGCCAACCAUCCGACUGGCGGUGCUCUCAAACCUGAACGAACAGGUUGACCUCCAUCUCGCUCAGGCUGCCCACAUCCGCGCCUUGUUCAUCGCCUUCAAUGAUGAGACUUUCGAGAUUCGUAACAUUGCCAUCAGCAUCAUCGGCCGGCUGUCCGUCAUCAACCCGGCGCAUGUGAUGCCAUCGCUGCGCAAGUCGCUUAUCCACCUUCUCACCGAACUGGAGUUUUCGAAUGUGCCCCGUCACAAGGAGGAAAGCGCCCGCUUGCUCAGCCAGUUGAUCUCGGUCGCCAGACAUUUGAUCAAGCCUUAUGUGGAGCCUAUUCUGAAGGUUCUGCUGUUACGCGCCAGAGACCCCAAUCCUGGUGUGGUCUCGCAUGUGCUUUUGGCGAUCGGAGAGUUGUCGCAAGUGGGUUGUGAGGCGCUCAUCUCCCACAUGGAUGAGUUGAUCCCCGUCAUCAUCGAGACGCUGCAGGAUCAGAGCAGCCCCGCCAAGCGCGAGGCUGCGCUGCUGACCCUCGGCCAGCUCGCCAGCAGCACUGGUUUCGUUGUUGAUCCCUACCUCAAGUACCCGUCGCUGCUCGACAUUAUGAUCUCCAUUCUCAAAUCCGAGCAGAACCCAGCGAUUCGCCGCGAGGCUGUUAAAGCUAUGGGCGUCAUCGGCGCAUUAGAUCCCUAUCGCCACAAGAUAACGUCCUCUGGCACUGGCGAUGCCUCAAGCAGCAACACCGCUGGCGCCGACAUUCUCUUGCCUCCGGGCUUGGGUCAGACCUCGGAGGAAUACUAUCCUGUUGUUGUCAUUAAUUCGCUCAUGAAGAUCCUCCGCGACUCGUCACUAGCGACUUAUCACACGGCUGUGAUUCAAGCAGUCAUGUACAUGUUCAAGACCCUUGGGCUCAAAUGCGUGCCAUUCCUUCCUCAGAUUAUUCCCACUUUCCUGGCGAUGAUGAAGAGCAGCCCAACGGCCAUGCUGGACUUCCAUUUCCAGCAGCUCGGUCUGUUGGUGACAAUCGUCAAGCAGCAUAUACGCAGCUAUCUCCCGGAUAUAUUUGCUGUCAUUCAAGAGUUCUGGAACCCAAAGUCGACUAUCCAAAUCACCAUCAUCUCGGUGAUCGAGGCUGUGGCCCUGGCCAUGGAUGCCGAGUUCAAGGUUUACUUGCGCAUGUUCCUGCCUCGGAUCCUGGACAUAUUUGAGUCGGAUGAAACAGAGCGCAAGCAGCCCACUCAGAAGGCACUGCACGCCUUGAUUGUCUUUGGCUCGCACCUCGAAGAGUAUCUGCACUUGGUGGCACCUGUGAUGGUCAAGCUGAUCGAGCGCCGCGAAACGAUUCUGUCCGUCCGCAAGGCUGCUAUCCAGACCGUUGGGCAGCUCUGCAAGCAGACUGGAUUUGCAGAGCAGGCCAGUCGGCUCAUGCACGCCCUGAUCCGUGUCCUGGCCAGCCAGAACGCUGAGCUGCGAGGUGCGGUAAUGGAUACUCUUGCGAACAUGGUCUGCGCGCUCAAGAGCGGAUUCGUCAUUUUUGUGCCAAUGGUUGACCGGGCGCUUGCGCGAUACGGCAUCCAGCAUCAGCGAUAUGUUCUUCUUGUCGACAAAAUCACUGCCAACGAACCCAUCCCCGAAGAGCUGCUGAAGGAAAGCAAUCCAAUCUACAUCUCGGAUGACUCACCUCAGGAAUCGAUCGCCAAGAAGCUUCCUCUGAACCAAGAGAAUCUCCGCAAGGCAUGGGAGGCGUCGCAGCGCUCCUCCAAAGAUGACUGGAUCGAGUGGACGCGCCGCUUCAGUGUGGAGCUCUUGCGAGAGUCGCCCUCGCACUCUCUGCGAUCAUGUGCCGAUCUUGCUGGCCAGUACUACCCGCUGGCUCGCGAGCUCUUCAAUGCGGCAUUUGUCUCCUGUUGGAACGAGCUGGAGGACACGGUCCAAGAUGAGCUGGUGCGCGCGCUGGAAACGGCCCUGACGUCCUCGACAAUUCCGCCCGAAAUUCUUCAGUCCCUGCUCAAUCUGGCCGAGUUCAUGGAGCACGAUGACAAGGCCCUCCCGAUCGACGUGCGCACCCUCGGUGGCUAUGCAGCCAAGUGCCACGCCUAUGCCAAGGCUCUGCAUUACAAGGAGCUCGAAUACGUUUCAGAGCACUAUCCAAACACCAUCGAGGCGCUCAUCAGCAUCAACAACCAGCUUCAGCUGCCCGACUCGGCCACAGGCAUGCUGGUAGUGGCCCGAUCGACCCAUACCAAUCUCAAGGAGUCAUGGUAUGAAAAGCUCCAGAGAUGGGAGGACGGCUUGCAAGCAUACAACAGCAAGCUCGCCUCCGACCCGCACAACGCGGACUAUCUCCUGGGUCGCAUGCGCUGUCUGCACAACCUCGGCGAGUGGGAAACGCUUGCACAAGCUGCCCAGCAGAGCUGGGAAUCCAGCUCAGUCGAAAGCCAGAAAGCCAUCGCCCCUCUCGGUGCCGCAGCCGCAUGGGGUAUGCAGCAGUGGGACUCUAUGGGCGUCUACAUCAAUGCCAUGAAGGAUGACUCUCCCGACAAGACCUUCUUCAUGGCCAUCCUGGCGCUCCACCGAGAUAACUACGUCGUGGCUGUCGAAUUCAUCAACAAGACGCGCGAGCUUCUCGACACUGAGCUGACUGCGCUCGUUGCCGAAAGCUACAAUCGAGCAUAUCCGGUGGUAGUCCGGAACCAAAUGCUCGUUGAGCUCGAGGAAAUCAUCCAGUAUAAGCAGACACAGGACAUCAAUCGCAAGACGACCAUCCGCCAGAUGUGGCGCGAUCGCCUCAAGGGAUGCCAGAGGAACGUGGAUGUCUGGCAGCGGAUCCUCAAGGUGCGCGCCUUGGUCGUUUCGCCCAAGACUGACAUGGAAAUGUGGAUCAAGUUUGCCAACCUUUGCCGCAAGAACGGCAAGUUCAACCUGGCCCAGAAAACCCUCUAUAGUCUCUUUGAGGUCGAGCCGACCGAACUCAGCAAGCUGGAUACGCUGCGCAAUCCGUCACCAGUCGUCUAUGCGGCCCUCAAGCUCAUGUGGGCCAAAGGCCAGCGCGAGCAUGCGCAUGGAACCAUGAAGAUCUUUGUGAAAGGCAUUCUGGACCGCCUCGGCGUGUCUACCCUUCCGGAGAUCCUCUCGCACGUCGAGUCCAGCAAGAACGACCCGCACAAGGCUGCGGUGACCAAGUUGCUUGCGCGCUGCUAUCUCAAACUCGGUACAUGGCAGGCUGCGCUGAACGAAGACCGUCUGUCUGAGGCCAUCAUCCCCGACAUCCUCAAGUCGCACAUGGCCGCAACGUCGUUCGACAAGAACUCGUACAAGGCUUGGCACGCUUGGGCUUUGGCCAACUUUGACGUGCUCUCGUACUACGAGAAGCUCUCGGAAAACACCAACACUCAGUAUCUGGUUGCUUGUGUGCUGCCCGCCAUCCAAGGCUUUGUUCGCUCGAUUGCGCUCUCCAAGUCAAACUCGCUCCAGGACAUUUUGCGUCUCCUGACUCUGUGGUUCAAAUACGGAUACGUCCAGGACGUCAACAUGGCCAUUGCCGAUGGCUUCAAUGAUGUCGGCAUCGACACGUGGCUCCAAGUCAUUCCCCAGCUGAUCGCUCGCAUCCACUUUCCGUUUGCCAAUGUCCGCAAGCUUGUCCACCAGCUGCUGACCGAGAUCGGGCGAGUCCAUCCACAGGCACUGGUUUAUUCGCUCACAGUUGCCUCCAAGUCUAUGGUCUCUGCACGGACCCAAGCGGCUACGACCAUCAUGGACAAGAUGCGAACGCACAGCCCCGGCAUUGUCGACCACGCGCUCCUUGUUAGCAAGGAGCUGAUCCGAGUCGCCAUUCUCUGGCACGAGCUAUGGCACGAAGGCCUUGAGGACGCCUCGCGACAGUGGUUCGGGGAGCGCAACGUCGAGGCCAUGUUCCAGACCCUCGAACCGCUCCACCAGAUGCUCGAGGCCGGCCCAGAGACCCUGCGCGAGAUCUCCUUCAUCCAGGCCUUUGGGCGAGAUCUGCAAGAGGCCCAUGACUGGUGCCGACGCUUCCGACGCAGCAACAACCCCAACGAUCUCAACCAAGCCUGGGAGGUGUAUUCGCACGUCUUCCGCCGUAUCAACAAGCAGCUUCCUCAGUUGACCAACCUGGAGUUGCAGUAUGUGGCUCCGAAGUUGCUGGCAGCCCGGGACCUCGAGCUGGCGGUUCCCGGCACAUACAAGAGUGGCGAGCCGGUGGUCAAGAUUGGGUCGUUCUCGCCGACCCUCACUGUGAUCAUGUCCAAGCAGCGACCUCGCCGCUUGACGAUCCGUGGCAGCGACGGAAAAGACUACCAGUUCCUGCUGAAAGGACACGAGGAUCUGCGCCAGGACGAGCGUGUGAUGCAGCUGUUUGGCCUCGUCAACAACCUGCUGACGGCCGAUGCCGAAACCAUGAAGCGACACCUCAACAUCCAGGGCUUCUCUGUUGUCCCACUCUCGCCCAACUCGGGCCUCAUUGGCUGGGUACCCUUCUGCGAUACUCUCCACUCGCUCAUCCGCGACUAUCGCGAAAGCCGCAAGAUCCUGCUCAACAUUGAGCAUCGACUAAUUCUUCAGAUGGCUCCCGAGUUCGAUCACCUCACGAAACUGCAGAAAGUCGAGGUGUUCGACUACGCCCUUGAAAACACCACUGGCCAGGAUCUAGCAAAGGUGUUGUGGCUUAAGAGCAAGACCUCUGAGAUCUGGCUCGAUCGCCGAACGACAUACACCCGCUCGCUUGCGGUCAUGUCCAUGGUCGGAUACAUCCUUGGCUUGGGCGACCGACAUCCCUCCAACCUUAUGCUGGAUCGAUUCACUGGCAAAGUGAUUCACAUCGACUUUGGCGACUGCUUCGAGGUCGCGAUGCAGCGCGACAAGUUCCCUGAGAAGAUUCCCUUCCGACUGACUCGAAUGCUGAUCCAGGCCAUGGAGGUUUGCGGAAUCGAGGGCAACUUCCGAAUUACUUGCGAAAACGUUAUGCGCGUGCUCCGCGAGCACAAGGACUCGCUAAUGGCUGUGCUGGAGGCCUUUGUGUACGAUCCCCUCAUCAACUGGAGAUUGAACAACAACGCCAGUCCCCGAGUAGACAGCACCCGAGGCAUUGUUGGCCCGGGUGAGGGCGAAGAACAGAGUGACGAUCUGCGCCGCAAUAUCCCCGCUCGUCGGCCCCGAUCCCACACUGAUGGGGACCAGCAGCAGCCGCCGCAAGCAACCGACGACAACCCGCAACGCGAGCCCGUCAAUGCCAAAGCCAUGGCGGUUAUCAACCGCGUGACCGACAAGCUCACCGGCCGAGAUUUCAAGCCUACGCAAACCCUUGAUGUUCGCGACCAGGUCCAGCAACUGAUCGAGGAGGCCACCUCCUCCGAGAACCUGUGCCAGUGCUUCAUCGGCUGGUGCGCCUUCUGGUGAAGGAAAGAAAGCAUGGAUGGAUCGAUGGGUGGAUGGAUUGAAAUCGGGAAGCCACAAAGGAAGGGAGGAGGGUGCGCUCCUUGAA